AAUGUGAAUGGGCUGCAGUGUGACCCCCCCUUGGGCCGGUGCUGCACGGAUUGCGGUCCGGGUUGGGCAGCCGGGCAGCUGGGCCCCGUUGUCCUGGUAACGAUGGCAGCCGUGGGGCGGACGGAGCCGCUGCGGGAGCCUCGCUGCUCACUGCGCCGCUUCCGAGUGGAUAUUAAUGUUAAGAAGCCCCUUCAACCUACCCAUCUUAGCAGUGAGCAAGUAGCUGUGGAGAUCUGGUCACUCUGUUUUCAGCUUGAUCUUCUUAUCCGGGCAGAAGUCCAUCAGUUACAGGAACAGCUUAGAGAAGAUAAAAGCCCUGUGGAAUCAGAAUCUUUCCAUACAAGAGGCAUAGAUUAUGUUGAAAGAAUUAAACAUUAUCUGGAGCAUCUACCAGACCCCGUUCCGCAGCUGGAGGAUUACCUGGAUUUUCAAGGGUUGUCAACAUUAUUUCCCCGGGUUGAAAUAUAUGUGAUCCAUGGUAGACCUGUUGAUAUGCUGGAACGGCCAACUACAGAUGAUUAUUUUUCCCACAUUGGGAAACUAAAUCAACUUUUGGUUUUAAGUCAACAGCUGGAAGAUGAUGUUCAGCAUCUGGGAAGCCAUAAGUACAUAGCACAUCAGCUUUCAGUCUUGUAUAAAGUUCUGAAUUAUUUCAGUGGAUUUAUUACAUUCGAUAUACUUAAAAGAGACAUUGAAGCUAAUUUCAAAGCUUUAAAAUCUGGAUUGGCUGUUGACGAGAGUUCUGCGCGGGAGCCUCUGCUACCGUAUCAUUAUGUAAACUGGAUACUCUGCCUUACCCGCAGCAUCAUCAAAAUUGUAUCCUCUCUUCCUGACGAGCUUACCGAAGAACUCUCUUUGGUUAUGUCUUGUGCUGCGAAUCUGAGAUAAUGCUCGUAUGCUCAAAAAACACUGAGACUUUAAGUAAUUAUAUGUUGCACUGAAGAUCAAUCUGAAAAGGAACAGCAGUGAGUUAUUUUAGAGCUUAAUGGCAAGAAAUUCUAUUGUGUGACACAGUGUCUGUGUGCUACACAAUUGAAUUUCUACCAAUAAAAAAAUUAUGUUAAAGGAAAUCAGGGACUUAUUGCAUGGAUGGUGAAGUCUUCAAUUCUUGCCGCUGGUGCUCAGAUGUACACAGUGGUGUUCAAUGGCAUGGAGUGCAUGCCUGGUUGAAACUUCAAUCUUUUUCAGCACAUGUUUUGGCUAUGGUUGUCUCAACCCAGUCAUGCAGAAGCACAACUUUGCAACAGAUUCAGAGCAGUUUAUUGUCAUAAACACCAGGGUGUAACGAAAUUCCUUGUUCACAUGAAGCAGCCAGUAUAUAUACAGGGAACAAUAAAUACAAGAAUGAGUGCACAGCAGCAGAAUAGUGCAAGAUUAUAGUGCAAACUUGAAAGUAGUGUAAAAUGAUGAAAUUGUUAUAAUGGAAUAAGCAAAUGAGGUAGAGUUAGGGGAAAGAGGACAUGGUCUCACCUUCAAGUAGGAGUUGUGAAAGAUGUUCAGGUGUCUGAUAGCCCUGUGGAAAAAGCUGUUCUUAAGUCUGGAAGUCUGGGCUUUGAAGCUAAUGUAUCUUCUCCCAGAUGGUAGAAGAGAAAGACUGGAAUGGCCAGUGUGCCGGUCAUUUUUGGCAAUAGUUACAGUCUUCCUGAUGCAACACAUGGUGAAGAUGGGCUGUAUGGAAAGGAUUGCCGAGCCUGUGAUGGACUGGGCUGUGUUUAACACUCUCUGCAGGUUCAGGCAGUCAGGAGCAGGGCAGUUGCCAUGCGAGGCUCAGGUACAUCCCGUCAGAACACUCUCCAUAUCAUGACGGUAGAAGUUCGAGAGAAUCCUCGUGGACACACCAAAUCUUCCCAGACUGCUAAGAAAGUAAAUACUCUGAUGUGCUUUUUUUUUUUAAUCGUUGCAUCAGUGUGAAGGGAUCAGCUAAGGUUGCUGAUGAUCAUAUAUAUGUAGGAGCUUUAAGGUGUUGACCAUCUGUACAACAGUUCCCUUGGAGAGGGCAGGAUUGUGCUCACCCCCUCGCUUUCUUUGGUCGACUACCAUCUCGCUGAUUAGGCUAGGUUGUUGUCCUGACACCAUUACACGAGGUUCCCAAUCUGUACUUUGUGUUAUUGUUGUUGUUGAUCUGCCCGACAACAGGUGGUAUCUUAAAAAUCGAUUUGGCUUUGUACUUCGACACACAAUCAUAGAUAUGCAGGGAGUACAGCAAGUGAAUGAGCACACAAACCUGAGGGGCACCACAGCCGGGCAUCAGAUUGGGAGGAAUGUUAUGGCUAAUUCUAACCAACUGAGAUCUACCAGUCACGAUAUCCAGAGGCUUGUUGCAUAUGAAUGCCACAAGGUCCAGGAGUUUAGGUUGAGCUUAUAAAAUAUAUACUGUAUACAAUAUCAUAUGCAAUGAUCUUAUGUAUAAAGUCACUCCUAAACUCCAGAACAUUGGCUUUGGGCUUCAAUAGGCUUCUGGACUUACUGAUUUUUAUUUAUAACAUAUAUACAAAUGAGGCUUGAUUCAUCAUUGGUUAAAGGGAACUAAACCGUGGAGUGGAAGGCCCACCUUAGCUGGAAGAACUUGCUUCUUCCAGCAGCUCUUUCCUUGUCCACAAUAUUUCCCUGCUCCUUUUGAUGAACAGUAGCCCAUAACCUAAUUGCAGCACUAGUUUUAUUUUACCUCCUUUUCCCCAACCCUCAGCCAGUUGUGUCUCCAUAUUUGUACCCAAAACACCUCACUUCCCAGGCUGAAGUCCACCAACCCUAUCACCCCCACCUCCAAACCCAGUAACAAACUGCACAAUGCAUCUUGUCGUUCUGGAAUAUUUAGCAUUAUGGUGUGCAUUUCUUCCUCAAAAGUCUCUGGUUUCCAAUGUUUUCUAACCGUUGAUAAAGCUUUGUAAGCAAAAGAAAAUCAUGUUGAUUUAAAAAAGACAAAAUGUUGGAAUAACUCAGCAGGUCAAAAAGCAUCUGCAGUUCCUUGUAUCUUCAAAUUCUUGUUGAUGUUUGUCAAAACUAUACCUGUCACAGCUUGUGGAGAUUUGUUUUGUACGGCCAGUGUAUUUGAAGAUUUGCCUCAAUGCACUCUGCAAUGGCAGAUCUUGCAAAGGAAUGGCCUAUCCAUGUGUUAAUGGGUUGGGUUUGGGUAUCAUGCACAGAAAAUGUCAAUGCGUGUUCUAACUGCGUGUUCAGGAGGGAACAGUUUCUGGCCCAAAGUCUCAUUUACUUUAUUGUGACACCACGAGUUCUUUGGUGUCCAGCCAGCACCGAGCAGAGUAAUCACAUCAGUCGUACCCCCCCCCCCCCCUUUGCUUAUUUCCCACUACCCCUAAAUCUCUCUCUUACCUGUUCAUUCACUCUCCUUUGACUCUUUUGCCACUUACCUAGUCUAAGAGGUUAUUUACAGUCACUGAUGAAUCUAUCAGUAACCAGAGCACCCAUCAAAAACCCAUGCAAUCACUGGGGGAACAUGUAAAACUCCACAAAGACUUCACCCGAGACAUCACCUUAGGGCGGUAAAGUGCCGCAGUUGCUGCCUUAUCGCAAGAACCCGGAACCAUGAAUAGCAUUCCAUGUAGCACCCUGGCUGAGAUUAAUUAAUUUGAAUAAAAGAAAAAAAAAACAGGGAUCAGGGUUCGGGAUUUGCAAUUUAACUCAAGUUAGUUUCACAAUCUAUUUACCUGUCUGAGACAUCAGAAGAAACUCCGCACGUUGCAAUGUUCAGAGGUCUAUGUGUAUUGUGCUUACAGAGCUAUUGUGCUGUUCGCUCUCGGUACAUAUAACAAUUAAACAUUCUUGACUCGA